ACUUUUCAAAAGAAGCCCACUGCACUGUAAAAUCUUCUGGAGCACAAAACACUGGUGCACAACACUCAGAUUGCUUUCACUUGCAGUUUUGCUCAUCAAAACGUGAAAAGGAAAAUGACCAAGGAAGAUGGUUACAAAGAAGACUUCGUCUAUGAUAAAAUGUCUACAGUGGAACGAAGAAAACAGGAAGAUGGAAGUUAUACCACUGAUUUUCAAUCCAGUGAUCAUCAGAGGGACAGAAAAUGUCAUACUUGUUUUCAUCACAGGGGAUGGAUCUACACUCUGAUAAUUGGGAGUUGCCUUCUGAUGGCUACUGCCUUCUCAGUUUACCUGGGAAAUGUAUUUCCUGAUGAAAUGGACUACUUGCGUUGUGCUGCAGGUUCAUGUAUUCCUGCAGCAAUUGUCGGGUUUGCUACAGCUAAGAGAAGAGUUAAUGCAUUACCACACCUCCAGCUUCUCUUUAUCUCCACGUUCACUAUCACAACAACGUGCAUGAUUUGGUAUGGGUGCAAACUGCUCCUCAAUCCUGCUGCAUUAAAUAUAAACUUUAACCUGGUUUUACUUGUACUUUUGGAAAUUCUGAUGGCAAGUAAAGUCAUCUUGUCAGCAAGGUCCAACACAAAGUGCUGUAAGAGAAAGAAAGUGUUGUCAUACAAUGAAACAACAUUCUUUUGUCACAUAAAGUUCCCAUCUCGUACUCUGAAGUCCUAUUCGGUGGUGGAAGUGAUUGUGGCAAUUUGUGCAGUGUUUGGUGGAAUUAUUGCUCUAAACAUGGGUGCCUUGGUUCCUGGGCCUUACCUCUCGGUGACAUUCUUUUGGAUUUUGGCAGCAUGUUUUCCUGGAGCUAUUGCAAGUCAUGUUGCAGCAGAGCAUCCUUCCAAGUUCAUGAUAGAAGCCUUAAUUGCAAUAAGCAGUGUUACAAGUCCAAUGCUAUUCACGGCCUCUGGCUACCUAUCCUUCAGUGUUAUGAAGUUGAUUGACAUCUUUGAGCAGAGUUCAACAAGUUUGUUUCAGUCUUAUGACAUCCUGGUAUUUGCUCUAAUGCUUCUGCUGCUGGUUCAGUCCAGUCUGAUGCUCGCCACAAUCGUCCACUGUGUGAACUACAACAUGCAGGUUAAAUAUUACGAGUCAAUGUGGAAUACGUCAGACUUCCCAAAGGAGAGCUGUAAGACAGUUGAGAUACCCAAAUCUGCCACAAAGGACUUUGACAAAGACAAAGCGUGGAAAGCAGUUAUGGUUCAGAUGGUGCAGUAGGAGCAAGGUGUUUCUCGGAUGAGCCUUCAAAUUAUAGUACAGUACCAACAAUUGAUGUGUGAUUUUGUUUCUUUUAACCAUUGAUUGUUUCUGAGCAUGAUACCAUCCCAAUGUGAAAGCUUGAGGGAAACAUUGUAAAUAAUAAAAUUUUUGUUCAAUUAGUUUAGAAUUUCUGUACCAGACUGACAUUAACACGCGGAUCUGUAUCCUAAAAAAAUAGUUUCACUUAAGUUAACUGCAAAAUUGCAUUUUAUAUCAUGUUGCUCUAAUUUACACUGUGACUGAUUUUAAUUCAGAUCACGGGUUCCCAACCUGAGGUUUACAGAUCCCUCGGUUAAUGGUAAAGCUUCAUGUCAUAAAAAAAGUUGGGAAGCCUGGACUUAAGUUGAUUUUGUAUUGUGUACCAGAAUAAUUGGAAAUAUAUAUAAGCAAUGAUGAAUACUAAUUCUGCUUUUUUUUUGCUGAUAAAAGCAACAAUAAAACUUAAUAUUUCAGUACAAAUCAAACAAUUUAGAAUUUCCUGAGAACGUGAGUUAUAGGGAAAGUUUAAAUUGGUUAUAACUUUAUUCCCCAGGAAGUAGGAGAUUGAGGGGAAAUUUGAUAGAGGUAUAUAAAAUUGUGAGGGGUAUAGAUGGGGUAAAUGCAAGCAGGCUUUUUCCACUGAGGUUGGGUGGGACUACAAAUAGAGGUCAUGGGUUAAGGGUGAAAGGUGAAUUGUUUAAGGGGAACAUGAUGGGAAUUUCUUCACUCGUAGGGUGAUGAGAAUGUAGAACGAGCUGCCAGCACAAGUGGUGGAUGCAGGGUUGAUUUCAACAUUUUAGAGAAAUUUGGAUAGAUACAUGGAUGGGAGGGGUAUGGAGCGCUGUGGUCCAAGUGGAGAUUGAUGGGACUAGGCAGAUUUAUAGUUCAGCACAGACUCGAUGGGCUGAAGGGCCUGUUUCUGUGCUGUAAUGCUCCAUGACUCUAUGAUGUUUAGCAUUAAUUGACAUCUGCCCAACUUGCUACAUAGUCAUCUGUCUUUUUUGCAAUUUUACAAUCUAGUUCAGUUAAAGAAUGAGUCAUGGUAAUUAGUUAAGAAUUAACAGUCCUGAAAAUUAAUCACAACCUACUGAAAAGUUAACUCUUGAGGACUUGUUUGAGUUCUCAAACCAGCCAAGAAUCUCUGUAUCAGGUUCUAUAAAUAUAGUCUGAUUAGCUUUGCUGUGGUGGAAAAUAAACUUAAGAUGAGAAAAGGGAAGUGGGAGCAUUGUGGGAGAUUUCAAUCUUAUCAUAGUUGGGUGAGAUGCAGUCAAAAAGCUUAUACCGCAUUUCAUGCAUCACACAGCUAUCUUUACUCCUUCAGUUGACUCAGCCAUAAUACUUAGAAUAAUUUUUUGUACCUUCUUGGGACAAAGGAUACAAUUUCACCAAUGUGUAGCAUUUUACUUCCAGUCUAAGCUCUUACGGAGGCUUGUGAGAUUGGCAAGUGUCUUGUCACAGAUUGCUCAUCUAAAGACCCUUUUCACCAUCCUUGGGUCUGGUGGUCUCAGCUGUUGGGUACUUUUGGUAUUAAUAACAAAAUACUCAAUAACCAAUGACUUCUCUGCUGAAACCCUCAGAUGUCGUAGGAUGGAGCCUCUGGUAAAUACUGUAUCUUACUAUAGCCAACUGGUUACUGUCUCUAUUUUAUUCAAUGUACUGUUGCUGAGAUCUUUGCCUUGGUGAAGCUGAGACAGUGUUACUGGGAGUAUUGUCUCUUAAUCCAUGAAGCUCUGCUCCCUAGUGCCAACUUACAGUUAUGUCUGACUUUAGCAGCAGGCAACUGAACCUUUCUUAGUCUAAUAUCUAGGGCCACCUCAGCUCUUGAUUGACCCUACGAAUGAAGUACAUAUUGAUAUGAACCUCCCACCUGCUCUGAUGUUCAAUGAGAUCAUGGGUGUUUGUUUAUGUCAGCCUCACUUUUCUGCUUUUACCUCAGAAUCCUUGAUGCCCUUAAUCAGUAUUUGAUCUUUGCUGUGAAUAAACUCACUAACUGAGUCUCCAGGGCUCUCUUGAGUAGCGAAUUGCAAAAUUUCACUACCUCCAGAUGAGGAAAUUCCUUCUCAUCUCAGCUCUGAAUGCCAAUUCUCUCAUUAAGCCCUCAAAUCUUGUAAGAAUUAAGAAUCCUUCAGUGAAAUCAUCUCACAUUUUUCAAAUUCAAGUUUAAAUGUCAUUCAACCAAAGUUCAAAGUACAUUUAAUAUCAAAGUAUGUAUGCAUUAUACAACCUUGAGAUUCGUCUUCAUACAGGCAGCCAGAAAAGAAGAAACCCAAAAGAAUCCAUUAAAAAAAGACUGAUGAACACUCAAUACUGCAGUGCAGAGAAGAUUCACAAGGAUGUUGCCUGGAUUGGGGAGCAUGCUGCAUGCCAUAUGAGAAUAGGUUGAGUGAAUUCGGCCUUUUCUCCUUGGAGCGACGAAGGAUGACAGGUGACCUGAUAGAGGUGUACAAGAUAAUGAGAGGCAUUGAUCGUGUAGAUAGUCAGAGGCUUUUCUCCAGGGCUGAAAUGGUUAGCACGAGAGGGCAUUGCUUUAAGGUGCUUGGAAGUAGAUACAGAGGAGAUGUCAGGAGUAAGUUUUUUAUGCAGAGAGUGGUGAGUGUGUGGAAUGGGCUGCCGGUGGUGGUGGUGGAGGCAGAAAUGAUUGGGUCUUUUAAGAGACUCCUGGAUGGAUACAUGGAGCUUAGAAAAAUAGAGGGCUGUGGGUAAAGCCUGGGUAGUUCUAAGGUAGGGACAUGUUCGGCACAGCUUUGUGGGCCGAAGGGCCUGUAUUGUGCUGUAGGUUUUCUAUGUUUCUAAUAUGCAGAGAGAGAGGAAAAAACAGCGCAAACAAUAAAAUAUAGCAAAUAGCUUUUAGAAUGAAAGUGAGUCCUCAGACUCAAAGCCCGGAGCAUCCACAGCGGGCCCACAGCCUCAGCCUCAGUUCAGCCAGUAGCAGAGUAGAUGUCACAGAGCCUGCAGACACAGAGCCCAGAGCAUCCACAGCAGGCCCACAGCCUCAGCCUCAGCCUCAGUUCAGCCAGUAGCAGAGUAGAUGUCGCAGAGCCUGCAGACGCAGAGCCUGCAGACACAGAGCCCAGAGCAUCCACAGCAGGCCCACAGCCUCAGCCUCAGUUCAGCCAGUAGCAGAGUAAAUGUCGCAGAGCCUGCAGACACAGAGCCCAGAGCAUCCACAGCAGGCCCACAGCCUCAGCCUCAGUUCAGCCAGUAGCAGAGUAAAUGUCGCAGAGCCUGCAGACACAGAGCCCAGAGCAUCCACAACAGGCCCACAGCCUCAGUGAAGUGCAUAACAGAGUAAGCCACACAUGAAUACCCAUGAAUUCAGCCAGAUGGACCAGCAUUGCUCCGGCCCAGGGUCAAGGUGGGUAACAGAGUACCAAUAGUCAGACACAGCACAAGGCACAUAUAGCAUACAUAAGAUAACAAGCACAUAUAGAUAGCAAGCACGCCUAAAGCGAAUAUAGGCACAAUCUGUUUAAACAUUCCUCACAAGAUAAAACGCCAUAUCCUCGGAAUCAAUCUGGCCAAGCUUUAUUGCAUUUCCUCUGUUGCAAGUGUAUCCUUCAUUGCGUGUGGAGACCUGUCCUGUAUGUAAUAUUCCCGAUGCACUGGCAUAUUUUGUGAAAUUUGUUGUUUUUUGACAGCAGUACAAUGCAUCCAUAAUAAUAGAAAAAAUAUGUGAAUUACAGUGAGUAAUUUAAUUAUUUAAUUUAACUAUUAUAUACAUAUAUUUAAAAUAGUUAAAUUAAAUAAGUAGUGCAAAAAUCAAAAAAAAAGGUAGUGAGGUAAUGUUCAUGGGUUCAAUGCCAAUUCAGAAAUCUGACGGCAGUGUGGAAGAAGCUAUUCCUGAAUCACUGAGUGUGUGCCUUCGGGGUCCUGUACCUCCUCUAUUAUGGCAGUAAGAUAGCCAUUCUUCAAAUUAUCUUGUGGUAAGGUUAAUGUAUCUUGCAUUUCUGAUUAUGUGCUGAAACUUUGAGUGAUCCCACUUCUUGCAGGAAGACCUCCUUCACGAUCUUCAGUUGCAGGUGAUUAGACUUUAGGGAUUUAUUGGCUUCCAAUUCCAUUAAUUUCUCUUUUUAGCUAAUACUAUUUUCUUUCCGUUCCUCAUUCACUACAGACCUAAUGUUCUGCACUAUUUCUGGGCGGCCUCCUGUGUUGUUUUCCAUCAAAACAAAUUUUUAUUUUUUUUACUUUCUUUUAUUUCUUUAUUGCCUGAUGUAAUUUCUCCUGUUUCGGUCUGUAAGAAAUCCAUUUUAACUCUUCCUAAUCUUUUCCUUUGAACAUAUUUAUAGAAGCUUUAACUGUCUUUUUAAAAAUGUUUUUCACUAUAUAGCUUUUUAACCUCUAAUUAAUUUCUUGGCCUUUUUGGAAAAUUUAAGGUUUCUCAAUUUUCAGUCUUGUUGCUUUUUGCCGGCCACAUUGCAAGACUAUCUGUAAUAAGCUCUUCAG